AUGGCGGGUUGGUUCACUUCCGCAUCUCCGCUCGACGAGCAAAUCGAAAAGGCUACAUCAUCGUCUUUAGAGGACAUUUCUUUGAAUUUAGAGAUAUCCGAUCUCAUUCGUUCGAAAAGUGUUCAGCCACGAGAUGCAAUGAGAUCUCUAAAACGGCGGCUUGAGAAUAAGAACCCUAAUAUACAACUUGCUACUUUGAAGCUGACAGAUACUUGCGUCAAAAAUGGCGGUUCCCACUUCCUUUCCGAAAUUGCGUCUCGCGAAUUCAUGGACAAUUUGGUCUCUCUUCUGAAGUCUGAUAGCGUAUCUCUCAAUCACGAAGUCAAACAAAAGAUGUUAGAACUGGUUCAGAGCUGGGCUUUGGCUGCACAAGGAAGACUUGAGCUCGUCUAUCUGGGAGAGACGUAUCGGAAAUUACAAAAUGAGGGUUUCAACUUCCCACCAAAAAGCGAAAUCGCUAGCAGCAUGCUUGACAGCAGCGCGCCACCCGAAUGGAUUGACUCAGACGUCUGCAUGCGAUGUAGGACGCCUUUCACGUUCACAAACAGAAAGCACCAUUGCCGGAAUUGUGGCAAUGUCUUCGAUGCGCAGUGCUCUAGCAAGUCUUUGCCUCUGCCUCAUCUUGGUAUCUUACAGCCUGUUCGGGUAGAUGACGGGUGCUACGCCAAACUAACUUCAAAGAAUUUCCCGUCCGCCAGUAUAUCGGAGCGAUCAACAUUUAAGAACCACUCUAUUACAAAAUCCAACGCAGCCAUGGAACCAAGGGCUGCUCGUGCAGAUGCGAGCUUUGACGAAGACCUGCGAAAGGCAUUGCAGAUGAGCCUUGAAGAGGCCGAAGGACGUGGGGGAUCUGGUUAUGUACCUCAGCCGAAGCCAGUUAUUGAAAGCAAAAACAAGGUUCCAACGACCAACGAGGAGGAAGACGCCGACCUUAAAGCCGCUAUUGAAGCAUCUUUAAGGGACGUGGAAGAACAAAAGCAGAAACAUACCGAAGCAUUGAAGAGCUCAGCUGCUGCAGAUGCGGCUCUGGGUGGUGCUGUCAGACCGGCGGAGUUGCCUAAGAAUCCUUACGAACUCAGUCCAGUUGAAGCGGAGAAUAUCAAUUUAUUCGCGACUCUCGUGGAUCGUCUUCAGCAUCAACCGCGAGGUACCAUCUUGCGGGAACCACAGAUCCAAGAGCUUUAUGAUAGUAUAGGGGCUUUACGGCCAAAAUUGGCACGUACUUAUGGAGAAACUAUGAGCAAGCAUGAUGCACUUUUAGACCUUCAUGCGAAGCUGUCAACUGUUGUGCGAUACUAUGACCGCAUGCUUGAAGAACGUCUUUCAAGCGCUUAUUCGCAUCAUAAUAUUGGAAGAUACGGUUCGGUACCACCAGGGGCACAACCGUACAACAAGUAUCCUGCACUAGCUCAAAACCCCCCGGGCAGCGCUGGUGAAGUUGAAAAUUAUUAUCUCUCCAACACAAUUCCUGACCAAUACAGACCGAGUAUUCAACCUCAACCUUCUGCAUCUAUUUACAGCACAGCUAGUCCAGCCCCGAGGGCCGGCAGUCCGAGUCCUUAUCCAACAUUGAACGGUGAAUUCGGGGACACGCCGAGUUCAGGGUGGAAUCGGGAUAACACAAACCCGCUCCAUUCACCACGUGCAGCAGAUGUCCAACCGUACCCGGGACAGUAUAAUGCUAUUCCUCCGGGACCUUCAGGCGCUUACUUAAGUCAUGGAGCUAGUAAUCCGGGGCUUGGCCAGGUGGUUUCCACGCCGCAAGGCGACGGAGAGCCAACGUAUCAUCAACCUCGAAUCAUCAGGCGAGAUUCUCAAUUCUCCCAGCGGACCCCUUCCUCAGCUGCGUAUACUUCGUCGCACGCGCUCGAGAGGCACAAUGAGUCUCAGUAUCAGAGUUUCCCACCUCAGGAUGUUAUCUCCCCCCAGCAGCUCACCCACGAGCCUUCUACUUCUCAAUACCCUCCACCACCACAAUUAUAUCAGCAACCGUACGGCCAACAGCCUCAGGAAGCAUCCUUCCCGGUGUAUCCUGGAGCACCGUCAUCUGGUGCCACCUACUCUCUGCACUCACAGCUGCCGGAGUCCACUGCUCCAAAGCCAGUAGUGGAGGAGAGUCUAAUAGAGCUUUGA